AUGACGACGAUCCACGAGAAUGGGUUGACGGAAGCCGUAAAAGGGAAUGAAAUGAAAGGGCAAGCGGAGCAAGACAACCAAAAAAGGAAAAAAGAAAAAAAAAGAGUGUGGGGAGGUGAAGAAAGAGUGGAUGGAAAUCGGGACGGAACAGGAAAUGAAGAGGAGAAGGAGUACGAUAGACGAAAGCAAAAGAGAGAAGAGAAAAAGUGGAAGAGUCAGCGAUGGCGAGGCAGAGAAACUGAAAGCAACAAUGCUUCAAGUGUCUCAUUCUCGACAGGCUUCAAUCAGUCUAGACCAGCCAGACCGUUCCGAGCAUUCAACGACUUCGAAGUCCAAAUACCAUCGAUCGUCCAGACUCCAGAACGAUGGAAGAGACGAAGAGCCUCAGGCUGCGGACCCGCACUUGAAGCUGCCGCUGCCGCUGGACUGGCCGCGAGCAGAAACCCCGACCUGAUCGCUCAAGAAUGCAGCAAGUCAAACUUACCGACAAUCGAACGGAGUAGUUGUUUCCAAGAAAGAAUGGAUUACUGGAAGAUUUGUGGAAAGACCAACCAGCUGGAGUUUCAGCGUAGUCGCACUUGGACGUGUGGACUGGGCCGAUCGAGGAGGUGA